UGAGCCGAUGAGGAAUCCCGAUCGUGAGAAUGGGACUCGGGUUGAGGCUUCCCUCCUCGCUUGCUUUCCUCCCCACCUAGGGUUGGUCCGACGCUGGCUAUCCGGACAUCGUGAAGGAGAACGCGUCGUUUGAACACUACUAUGGGCAGCUGGGCAUCGUGCCUCAGGAGGAAUGGGAGAGCUUCCUGGCCACGCUGCGGGAGCCUCUGCCAGCCACCCUGCGGAUCACAGGCUAUAAGAGCCAUGCCAACGAAAUUCUCCGUUGUUUAAAAGAGAAGUAUUUCAAGGAAUUAGAGAAUUUGGUGGUAGAUGGUCAGAAGAUUGAAAUGCCACAGCCAUUAAGCUGGUAUCCUGAGGAAUUGGCAUGGCAUACAAACCUAAAUCGGAAAAUCUUGAGGAAAUCUCCACAGUUAGAAAAAUUUCAUCAUUUUCUUGUUAGUGAAACUGAAUGUGGAAAUAUUAGUCGUCAGGAAGCUGUCAGUAUGAUCCCUCCAUUGCUUCUUAAUAUUCAGCCUCAUCAUAAGAUUCUAGAUAUGUGUGCUGCACCUGGGUCCAAGACUGCCCAACUUAUUGAGAUGCUUCAUGCAGACAUGAGUAUUCCUUUUCCAGAGGGAUUUGUAAUUGCAAAUGAUGUAGAUAACAAACGUUGUUAUCUGCUAGUUCAUCAGGCAAAGCGGUUGAACAGUCCUUGUAUUAUGGUUAUAAAUCAUGAUGCCUCAAGUAUCCCUAAUAUACAGCUCAAUAAAAAUGGUAAAAAAGAGAUCCUCUUCUAUGACAGAAUAUUAUGUGAUGUUCCUUGCAGUGGAGAUGGAACCUUGAGAAAAAAUAUUGAUAUAUGGAAAAAGUGGAGUACACAUAAUAGCUUGCAACUACACGGACUGCAGCUAAGGAUUGCAACUCGUGGAGCCGAACAGCUAGCAGAAGGAGGUAGAAUGGUGUACUCUACCUGUUCAUUGAAUCCUAUUGAAAAUGAAGCUGUCAUUAGUUCUCUGCUGGAAAAAAGUGAAGGUGCCUUAGAACUUGCUGAUGUCUCUUCUGAGUUGCCAGGUUUGAAAAGGUUGCCAGGCAUUACAAAAUGGAAGGUAAUGACCAAAGAUGGUAAUUGGUUUGAAGACUGGAAAGAAGUACCUCCUAGCAGGCAUACACAGAUUCGACCCACAAUGUUCCCUUUAAAAGAUGAACAAAAACUUAAAGCAUUACAUUUGGAGCGCUGUUUUAGAAUUUUACCACAUCACCAGAAUACUGGAGGUUUCUUCAUUGCUGUAUUAAUUAAAAAAUCACCUAUGCCAUGGAACAAGCGUCAGCCCAAGGUUCAGAAUAAGUUGCCUCAGAAGACUGGAGAUUUAAUGCCUGUAGAUGCAGAACAGCAUCCUUUAGAAAGUGAAGGUCCUAUAAUGCAAGAUGCAAAAGAUGGAGAGACAUCGGUAACCGAGAGUGUGGAGAACAAAAAGGAUGGAGUUUGUGGACCUCCACCAUCUAAAAAAAUGAAGCUUUUUGGAUACAAAGAAGAUCCAUUUGUUUUUCUUCCCGAAGAUGAUCCUCUGUUUCCUCCUAUUCAGAACUUUUAUGCACUGGAUCCUUCAUUCCCUAAAAUGAAUUUGUUAACUCGUACUCAAGAAGGAAAGAAAAGACAGGUGUAUAUGGUUUCCAAGGAGAUACGAGAUGUACUGUUAAACAACAGUGAAAAGCUAAAGGUUAUUAACACAGGAAUUAAAGUGUGGUGCCGCAAUAAUGAUGGAGAUGGUUGUGCCUUCAGAUUAGCACAAGAGGGCAUAUAUACAUUGCACCCUUUCAUCAGUGCCAGAACUAUUAAGGCUGGCAUAGAAGAUAUUAAAAUUUUGUUAACUGAAGAAAAUCCAUUCUUAAGUAGGUUCAGUAAUGAAUCACGCAGUCAACUGAAUGGAAUGGCUAUGGGGAGCAUUGUCUUGAAAUAUGAACCAGACCAAAGCAAACAAGAUACCCAUCAGUGCUCUGUUUUGCUGUGUGGUUGGCUUGGCAAGACAUCCCUUCGUGCCUUCGUGCCCAAGAAUGAGCGAUUGCAUUACCUGAGAAUGAUGGGACUUGAGGUAUUCAAAGCAAAAAGGAAAGAAGAAAAUUUAGAAGGUCAGUUGGAAGCAGCAUCUUUAGAUACUUCAGGGCAAGUGCUAGAAGAAAUUGAAUUUGAAUGUAAAACGAAAAACAUCAAUCAAUUACCAACAAUAAGAGAAGAUGAAUUGAAUGGACAGCAUGAAAAAAUAUUGGAAGCUGGCACAGUAGAAAACCUUUCUUCUACUGACAAAGAUGAAAAUACCAAAAAUAUGCAAAGCAAAAGUAAUGUUGACAUUAUGGAAAAAAAAGACUAAAAGUCCGUCAGUUUGCAUUGACUAAUGUGCAUUUUUUAUAAUUAUGUACUGCAAAGCAUCUAAAAAUAAUUUUAAUAAAGAAAAUAUUUCAGUUGAGAAA